CUUGGUUCGUCGGCGCUGUCACGACAUGGCGCCGCCGUCGACUCUCGUCGCUCACUCGGCGAGGUUUUCUGUGCGCUUAUGGUUGUACAUGACUGGGCUUCAUCACCAAGCCCAGUUGAUCCGGAACCUGAUUUUGGAUUGGAAGUACCGUGCGAGCACGGAACACGGCAUGGUGGUGCUGGCGCAGAACCUCCUCAACUUGCUCUGGCGCUCUGUGCGCCUCUUGCUGAUCCCGGACGUGUUCUUCCGCUUUUUCGCUGCCGUUGUGUCCCUCCAAGCGCUAUUUGAAUUCGGUGCGGUUGCGCGCCGGAUGGGGUUGAAGCUUCUGUUACAAUGCAGCGCCAAGGGCCGCAAGCGUCUCCAGUUGCGCACUGCCAUGGAGCGCGCGACGAAUCUCGAUAAGCGAAGGGCGCUUGGACAAGAACUCGACGUGCUGGAAGGCCACGACAAGUGGCGACAGGAUCCAUCUUCCGGUCUCUUUCUUUACGAGCGCGUACAAAACAAGAUCGCGAUGUAUCGCCGUCUGCAAAGCGAGCGAGACAUCAUGGGCAUCAUGUUUGCAUUGCGCGCAGGGUUGCUUCGCAAGCACUGGGGGCUCGGCAACCCACGUCUCUACGGCGUGAGCCACGUCGGGACCAAGCACGUCGUGGACGAGUACAUGGAUGCAGUGCUCACGUCCAUGGACAUGGUGCUCCAAGCCCGACGAAAUCCAUCGCCCCAUCGCUCCAUGCAGCAUCCACAAGUCGACGACGACGCGCUCAGCAUUGAAAACAAACUGGCAUUUUUCAGCGAGACGCGCCAUGCGUUUGGCAGGUCUGCCCUCAUGCUCAGCGGUGGCGGAGGCCUCGGUCUGUACCACACAGGCAUCGUCAAGACUCUGGUCGAACAAGGUCUUUUGCCCAAUGUGAUUUCGGGGUCGUCGGCUGGAUCCAUCGUCGCCGGAUGUGUUGGCGUCCGCACAGAUGAAGAGUUGAACGAGGUCUUUCAAGACGGCCACUUGGACCUCUAUUUUUUCGACGCAAACGUGAGCCCGCGGGAACUCGAGCAUUACACGCCGUCGUGGCUGUCCGCGAUGCAAGGGCUUGUGCCUUGCUACGAUUCGCUCCAACAUGCGUACGUGGUGGCCGCCCGAUUUCUCGACAAGGGUUACAUGCUCGACAUCACCCGGCUCAAGCAAAACUUGCGCAAUAACAUGGGCGACUACACGUUUCGAGAAGCGUACGACCGGACCGGCCGCAUCAUUAACAUCACGGUGACGCCGUCACAGUCCACGGACUACCCGCAGCUGCUCAAUUACUUGACCGCUCCGAACGUCCUCGUCUGGUCGGCGUCCCUUGCUUCGUGCGCGAUUCCGAUGGUGUUUUCACCCGUUGAAUUGUACGGGAAGGACCAGCACGGCAACGUGGUGCCGGUGUACCGCGAAGGCCUCAAGUGGAGCGAUGGCAGUGUCGAGUGCGACUUGCCCAUGGAGCGCCUGAGCGAGCUCUUCAACGUGAACCAUUUCAUCGUGAGCCAGGUCAACAUCCAUUACAAGUUUAUAUCGGGGUACGAGUCGCACGGCGGCGGCGACAUCUUGGGUUUUUUGAAGAAACAAAUGAAAGCGUACAUCAAAAACAUUGCCGAAUUCGGCCUCAACACGUCCGUGCUCAAGUUGUUUGGGGUCGGGCUCGUCCCGCUCCUGACACAGACGUACGAAGGCGACAUUACGAUCUCGAUUGCGUCGCAAGUAUCGUUUUUGCAAUUGGCCGCCCAAGUGCUCACGAACCCGUCGCCCAGCUCGUUCCAGGACCUCGUUCUUGCCGGCGAACGGUCCACAUGGCCCCACCUGUCGCGGAUCCAAGCCAUGUGCCGCAUCGAGUUUGCGCUGGAGCGCGCCGUGCGGUUUUUGCGUGGCGAGCAAGCGCUCGAGGAAGAAAAGCGCACGGGCAUCAGCAGCUUGGGCAGAGUGCCGUCGUUUUACACGUCGGCCAGCAGCAUGAACCUGUCGAGCAUGACUCAGCCAUCGCCCCUCGCAUCGAAGAAAUCGUUCCCAUCCUCUUCGAAAAAGCCCCUUGGCCCUUCUUCAUCCACGAUCGAGGGCACUUUGACCGCGGACGACAGCAUCCAAGAAUCGACAUCUCCCAUCCGUCGCAACAAGAGCAUCAAUGUUGCGGGCGCCGUGAUGAACAUGGAAUCCGUGUUGGGGGGAUUCGGGGCCCGCCAUGGCGCGUCGUUCGAGUAAAAGCGAAUACCCUAUGCCACACGAACGUUGUCCUAGCACGCCUCUUGUGUUAUACAUUUCACAGGUCGCCAGGUCGCGAGCAAUGUGCCUGAUCCUAUUCAUCAUCGGCACUGGCCUCCUACACCACGACUCGCACGUACAUCUAGUUUCGGCGUCCUCUUCACCUCAGCUUUCGAGCUGUCGACGGGGUUUCUUCAACUUGACAUGGCAGUCCGAGCAGCAAAUUUUACCUGCUGCAUGGCAUGCCAAGUUGAGCGCCGCCCCCCAUUGCCUUCGGCGGCCAAGGCUGGCGUUGUACCGGCGGAGAUGCGACCUUCGACGGGUCGAACGUUUCACUGCAA